AUGAUAGAAACUUUGACUUCGUCAUUAGGGCACUUGCCCACCCUCGACCGAAAGGAUGCGUUGCUUUUCGAUGUUUUCUGUGCAGUGGUUGUUCACAAAAUCUACAACAAAUUUGAAGUUAAUCCGGCCAACCUUUUACCUACUAUCAUCUUGCUCGUAGGAAUUCCAACUCUUCCAACGUACUUUUUGCUUCCCCAUUUCGGCUCCAACUUCCUCGCUGCCCUGGUCUCGUAUUCAUGCUUUUAUGUUACUCUCGUCUCGUCUAUUAUACUCUACCGCAUUUCCCCUUUCCACCCGCUUGCCAAGUUUCCUGGACCGUUGUCGUUGAAGAUCUCAAAAUUCGUGACAAUGUAUCACUCACUAGGCGGCAAGCAGCACCUGUAUUUCAAGAAGUUGCAUGACAAGUUCGGCCACGUUGUCCGCGUUGGUCCUAAUGAAUUAUCGUUUGCUGACGCGGAAGCGAUUCCACCUGUUCUUGGGCAAGAUGGAAUGCGACGGGGACCAUUGUGGGAAAUGCAUGUCAAACCCGGAACGACUCCUCAUCUCAUCUCCUUGCGAAAUGUGGACAAGCAUCAUGAGCGGAGAAAAUUAUGGAACCACGGCUUCACUUCUGCAGCUAUUAAGGACUACCAGCCAUUAAUAGCAAAUCGAGUACUUCAGCUUGUCGAGGAACUUAAAAAAGUCAGCCGCGGUGAGAACGAGAUUCACGAGAAAUCUGUUGAUCUUACCUGCUGGAUUGCUUAUUUUGCGUAUGACUUCAUGGGUGACCUGGUAUUUGGUGGAGGCUUUGAGUUCAUGCGCUAUCGCGACAAAGAUGGUUUCCGUCCAAUACUGGAAGAGGGUAUGAAAAUGAUAGGGAUCCUGGAGCACGUACCAUGGAUUGCAAGGUCCCUUGCCAAAUAUGGGUCCGAGCCAGCCGUUUUGGAAACUUACAGAGAGUACGGAACGAAACGUUACGACAUACGCAAGGAGCAGGGAGCAAUUAGUAGAGAUUUGUUCCACUUCGUUACAAAUGAAGAAGGGAUCGAAAAAAUGGACGUGUCGAGGGAACAGGGUUUGAACGAGAUUUUUGCUGCCAUGGUGGCUGGUGCCGACACGACAUCUACUGUGCUUGAUGGCCUCUUCUUCCGUAUUCUCUCGAACACUGCUAUUUUCACGAAACUACGACAAGAAGUCGACUCCGAAUUCCCGUUGGGGGAAGGUGAGCCAUUCGACGCGGUAAAGCUUGCUGCGAUGCCGUUCUUGAAUGCUGUCAUUAAUGAGACACUCCGUCUGCAAGCACCACUAUCUACUUCAUUACAGCGGAGUCCGAUAGAAAAUAGUGGAGGUAAAUUGGUUGCAGGAAGGUUCAUUCCAGAGAGCACGGCGAUAUACAUCCCUUCAUACGCCCUUCAUCGAGACCCUCGCUACUUCUCCCCUUUCCCCUACGACUUCAUUCCAGAACGUUGGCUCGACAAUACGCAGAUCAAUAACACCAACAAGAAAACGAAUGUGAAAUUCACCACUAACACGUCCGCAUUCAUCCCGUUCUCCUAUGGACCCGCAAACUGCAUUGGAAAGAACCUGGCCAUGUUAGAAAUGCGCAUGGUCGUCGCUACGCUGAUUCAGAAAUUCGACAUGAAGCUCGCGGAGGAUUACGAUCCACGUAAAUGGGAGGAAGAUCUGCAAGAUUAUUUCAUUAUAAAGGUUGGGAAGUUACCUGUUGUGCUGAAUCCUAGGGAAUGA